AUGCUAUAUCCACUGGAACUGCCAAGAGCCCGUCGUCCACUUUACAGGGAUUACGGCGGCAAAUCGGGGCUCAUCCAGACGCAGCGGGACGCGAGGAAGAACAGUCGAUUGGGAAAACUAUGGCACUUCAUGCUGCCAUAUCUCAAGGAUUACGCAGCGGAGUCCUCCGUGCACGGCAUACGAUAUCUGGCCGAUCCGAAGAUGAGAAACUAUUUGAACAUCAGGGUGAUUUGGCUGCUGAUUCUGCUGACCACCAGCAUAGGUGCCAUCGUGGUUUAUGUGGACCUCAACGAACUUUAUCAAACGGUGCGCAUACAGACCACCAUUAAGAACACGAUGCUCCCGAUAUUCCGCAUACCAUUCCCCUCGAUUGGUCUCUGUCCGAGGAACCGCCUGAACUGGAAAAUACUGGAGACCGAGGCAGUUGAUCACUUCCUGGGAGCCAACGUUUCUGCUGCCCAAAAGGACCUCUUCGUAAAGUUCUUCACUGCGGCAGGCGAUCCACACUUGUCGCGCCUCAAUGAAAUGUCCAACUUCUUUGGGAACAAAACUCUGACUGAUGAGCUUCACAUGCUAGAUCAUCUCGACCUUCGCGAGGUCUACAAAUUCAUUCAGUUUAGGUGCCAGGACCUCUUUCACACCUGCCGCUGGCGGGGAAACCCAGUGAACUGCUGCGAAGUUAUUGAAUAUCAGUUCACAGAAGCCGGAUUGUGUUUUGUCUUCAACACGGAAAUCAGUCCGGCAUCGCGACAAAAAGCUAGGGAAGACAAAUAUUACCCGCUCCGCACCCCGCAUUAUGGCGAGGGCUCCGGCCUGGAUCUCUUUCUGCGGCUCAACAGAUCCUUCAUUCGACCUGGAAAGCGGGGCAUCAAUGUGAUGAUCAAGCAGCCGCAGCAGUGGAGCGACGUGGUGCGCCACGUGCCACAUGAGGCGCACACCAGGAUUAGCAUAACACCCCGUUUCACAGUCACGGAUGAACGAACCCGGACGGUGACUCCGGAGAUCAGAAGAUGUAUCUUUGGCGAUGAGGUCGACAAUCCGCACUACAAGAAUUUUCCAGACUUUGAGUACUGGGUGGGAAACUGCCGGAGCAGGUGCCAUCAGGAGCAUGUCCUCAAUCUGUGCAAGUGCUCUCCCUCGAUCUUUUUUCCCAUCUCAGAUAAAGAUAACUUUACUGCAUGCAAAGCCUCAGACUUCAAGUGUCUAUACGACAACAGAUUUACCUUUAGCAUUGAACGGCAUCCCGAGGAGGACGAUUUUGUUAAAAAUCCUUUUAAGGAAAGCAUGAUCUGCGACUGCUUCACCAGCUGCAGUCAGCUGGUUUUCGACCGGGUUUUCACUACUACCACGCUUGAUAAUAAUGAAACGGACACAGAGGCGGGCACAAUGCGCUUAGAUAUUUUCUACCAAUCCGGUUGGUUUAUCCAAUACCAAACCAACAUGAGAUUUACCUUUGUGGAACUACUAGCUAGCUUUGGUGGCAUAAUCGGACUGUUUUUGGGAGCCUCCUUACUGAGUGCCUUUGAGUUGGCCUACUACUUCUCCAUCGGCCUCUAUUUGUACAUUCAUGGCAAGAGAAAGUUAAGAAAACCAGAACCCGGCGUAUUAACUAUUCAAUUUGGCCAGAGAAAAAUAACACCAAUUAAAUUUUGA